AUGGUACACACCGAUAAGGGAAAGAGAGCUAAACGGAGUUUCUCCACAUUCGAGCCCUGGAUGCUGGCAACCAUAACGGUCGAACCACGUGUUGAGGACUUACACCUCACCACUGACCCCCUGAUCAUAUCCGCCGCUGUAGGCGACUACAACAUGAGAAGAAUUCUGGUAGACACAGGGAGCUCUGAAGACAUAAUCUAUGAGCAUUGUUUUAUCAGGAUGCAACCAGAAGACAGAAAAUUGCUCGAGUCAGUACACGCCCCCAUAAAGGGGUUCACCGGAGAAAAGGUCGGUGAUCCAAUCGACCAAAUUACCUUUCCAGUAACAUUCAGACACGCCCCCCGGGAAAGGACCAUACUCCUCACGUUUCUUGUGGUACGCGCUGAAUCCUACCACAAUAUAAUCAUUGGAAGCUUCCCCCUGGGAAAACUAGACGCUAUAGUUUCCACGGUGCGCGGGUUCAUAAAGUUUCCCACACCAUGGGGGAUUGCAACGGUCUACCGAGACAAGGUUGGGGAAGUAUUGGAUACAAAAAGAUGUCGGCAAGGACCUACAGGUGCAACCGGUCCAGAAAGGUGGGUUUUGAGCACGCAUCACCUCGAGCAAACAGUCACAAUAGGAGACGGUCUCUCUCCUGAAGUUAAAAACAACUUCAAACAAUCGCUAAGGAGAAACGCCGAUAUCUUCGCCUUUGAACACUCUGACAUGACCGGGAUACCCCAGGAUAAGGCAGGGCACAAGCUAGCCACGCCCCCAGGCAUUAAGCCAGUCGCCCAGGGAAAGCGUAGCAUGGCCCCUGAUCGAAAAGCAGCAGUAGUGAAAGAAAUACGAAAGCUGGUCGAAGCUGGAAUCCUCAGGGAAACUGAAUAUCAUACAUGGGUAUCAAACCCUGUGAUGGUUAAAAAACCAGACGGCACAUGGCGGAUGUGA